AUGCUCGCCGCUAGGGUGUACAUCGUCCGCCAUGGAGAGACGGACGAGAACCGGCUCGGGAUCAUGCAGGGCCAACUCGACACCAACCUUAAUGCCAUCGGGAUUGAGCAGGCGCAGCUGACCGCGGACGCGCUCGAGAUGGUCCCCUUUACAAAAGCCUUCAGCAGCGAUCUGAAGAGAGCGGUGAAGACGGCGGAGAUGAUCCUCAAAAGACACCCACACGUAGAAUUAGAGCAGGAUCCAGAGCUGAGAGAGCGCAAUCUCGGUGACUGGCAAGGGCGGAAGAGUACCGAGCGUGGUUUCAGAGCGCCCGCCAAUGCGGAACCAGUGGGCGAGUUCACGGGGCGGGCGGUGAGGUGGUGGAAAGAGAGGAUCAUCCCGUGCACGACCGCCUGGGACGGGCACGGGGAGCCGGCACACAUACUUGUGGUCUCACACGGCGGUCUGAUCGGGCGGCUCAUCGUGGGCCUGCUGGAGAGCGGCAGGGUGGAGUGGGCUACGGGCAGUGUGCUUACCACCAAAUGCUUCAAUGCGUCGAUCUCGGUCUUGGAGCUGCAGGCGCACGGCGGGGGGGAGAUGGUGAGCUAUUCAGAUACCACGCACUUGAAUGUGGACUUCGUCGAGAGCAAUGCGGAUGUACAGGAAUAG